AGCGGCCCUUUUAAUGAGGGUUGCGACGUCUCCCUCCCCACGCCCAUAAACCAGCCGGUUGGACGUCACCACUAAUUCGUUUCAGCGGUGAUAGGAUAAAGCAGGGACAUUAAGAAAUAAAUUCCCCCUCACGACCCUCGCGGAGCUCGCUGCGCGGUUCCUGCAUAUUGAUGCAGCCGCAGGGUGCGAGCGGCUACUUAGCACAGAGACUGCUCCUAGGGGCAGCUGCGGCCGGGGUGAGCCAGGUUGUGCGAAGGGAAGCUGGCAGCCUCCAGUCCUGAACUUGGCUGGGCUAGAGCGGAGCGAGGCGGGAGCAAGAGACUGGGAGGGGGCGGGGAGCGCUCGCUCUGGAAGCUCCUACCCUGUGGCGCUGUUGGAGCCCGGAGCAUCCUGCCCCGGAGCGAGGCUCUGGAUCCGCGCGCUCAGCAGCUGCGGGAGGAGGAGGCGCGGAAGACAGGGUGAUCAGCGGGAUCCACAGCCCUGGAACUGCGCGGGCUCGGCAGCAGCUCCAGGUAGAAGCCCCUAUGUCACCUCUGCGUCUGACAAGCUGGUGACCAAGAUGCCCAGAGACUAGACCCUAUGCUUGUGAGUCACAGUCAUCAGACACGGCAAACCUCCAGUCUUCCUGACCUGUUGCUUAGGGAUACAUCCCGUUGCUGCCCCUGACGUCUGCCUGGUCAACCUUGACUUCCUUUGAGAGUAAGGAAGGGGGCGGGGACACGUUGAAAUCAUGCCACCCAAGGCCGAAUGGCAAUGAGCAGAUGACGCCAAGUUGACGUCAAAGACAGAGGCGACAGAAACUCUGCAGCCAGCUCUUGCCCCCGAGGAGCUCAGGUUCCUGCAGGAGUCAUUUUAGCUUAGUCUUCUGAAGGACACAGAUACCAUGGAAGAGAACACGUUUGGGGUUCAGCAGAUCCAACCCAAUGUAAUUUCUGUUCGUCUCUUCAAACGCAAAGUGGGAGGUCUGGGCUUCCUGGUGAAGGAACGGGUCAGCAAGCCUCCCGUGAUCAUCUCAGACCUGAUUCGAGGAGGUGCUGCGGAGCAGAGCGGCCUUAUCCAAGCUGGAGACAUCAUUCUCGCAGUCAACGAUCGGCCCUUGGUAGACCUCAGCUAUGACAGUGCCCUGGAGGUUCUCAGGGGCAUUGCCUCUGAGACCCACGUGGUCCUCAUUCUGAGGGGCCCUGAGGGCUUCACUACACAUCUGGAGACCACCUUCACAGGGGAUGGAACCCCCAAGACCAUCCGGGUGACCCAGCCCCUCGGUCCUCCCACCAAAGCCGUCGAUCUGUCUCACCAGCCUUCAGCCAGCAAAGACCAGUCAUUAGCAGUAGACAGAGUCACAGGUCUGGGUAAUGGCCCUCAGCAUGCCCAAGGCCAUGGGCAGGGAGCUGGCUCAGUCUCCCAAGCUAAUGGUGUGGCCAUUGACCCCACGAUGAAAAGCACCAAGGCCAACCUCCAGGACAUCGGGGAACAUGAUGAACUGCUCAAAGAGAUAGAACCUGUGCUGAGCAUCCUCAACAGUGGGAGCAAAGCCACCAACAGAGGGGGACCAGCCAAAGCAGAGAUGAAAGACACAGGAAUCCAGGUGGACAGAGACCUCGAUGGCAAAUCGCACAAAGCUCCGCCCCUGGGCGGGGACAAUGACCGCGUCUUCAAUGACCUGUGGGGGAAGGACAACGUUCCUGUGGUCCUUAACAACCCGUAUUCAGAGAAGGAACAGUCCCCUACCUCGGGGAAACAGUCUCCCACCAAGAACGGCAGCCCUUCCAGGUGCCCCCGUUUCCUCAAGGUCAAGAACUGGGAGACGGACGUGGUCCUCACCGACACCCUGCACCUGAAGAGCACACUGGAAACGGGGUGCACAGAGCACAUCUGCAUGGGCUCGAUCAUGCUGCCUUCCCAGCACACGCGGAAGCCAGAAGAUGUCCGCACAAAGGACCAGCUCUUCCCUCUAGCCAAAGAAUUUCUCGACCAAUACUACUCAUCCAUUAAGAGAUUUGGCUCCAAGGCCCACAUGGACAGGCUGGAGGAGGUGAACAAGGAGAUUGAAAGCACCAGCACCUACCAGCUCAAGGACACCGAGCUCAUCUAUGGCGCCAAGCAUGCCUGGCGGAACGCCUCUCGAUGUGUGGGCAGGAUCCAGUGGUCCAAGCUGCAGGUGUUCGAUGCCCGAGACUGCACCACAGCCCACGGCAUGUUCAACUACAUCUGUAACCAUGUCAAGUAUGCCACCAACAAAGGGAAUCUCAGGUCGGCCAUCACGAUAUUCCCUCAGAGGACUGACGGCAAACAUGACUUCCGAGUGUGGAACUCGCAGCUCAUCCGCUACGCGGGCUACAAGCAGCCAGAUGGCUCUACCUUGGGGGAUCCAGCCAAUGUGCAGUUCACGGAGAUCUGUAUACAGCAGGGCUGGAAAGCCCCAAGAGGCCGCUUCGACGUGCUGCCUCUCCUGCUUCAGGCCAAUGGCAAUGACCCUGAGCUCUUCCAGAUCCCCCCAGAGCUGGUGCUGGAAGUGCCCAUCAGGCACCCCAAGUUCGACUGGUUUAAGGACCUGGGGCUCAAAUGGUAUGGCCUCCCCGCUGUGUCCAACAUGCUGCUGGAGAUCGGGGGCCUGGAGUUCAGCGCCUGUCCCUUCAGCGGCUGGUACAUGGGCACAGAGAUCGGCGUCCGUGACUACUGUGACAACUCUCGAUACAACAUCCUGGAGGAAGUAGCCAAGAAGAUGGAUUUGGACAUGAGGAAGACCUCGUCCCUCUGGAAGGACCAAGCACUGGUGGAGAUCAACAUUGCUGUUCUAUAUAGCUUCCAGAGUGACAAGGUGACCAUCGUUGACCACCACUCUGCCACGGAGUCCUUCAUCAAACACAUGGAGAAUGAAUACCGCUGCAGAGGGGGCUGCCCCGCCGACUGGGUGUGGAUUGUGCCUCCCAUGUCGGGCAGCAUCACCCCUGUCUUCCACCAGGAGAUGCUCAACUAUAGACUCACCCCGUCCUUUGAAUACCAGCCUGAUCCAUGGAACACCCACGUGUGGAAGGGCACCAACGGGACCCCCACGAAGCGGCGAGCUAUCGGCUUUAAGAAAUUGGCAGAGGCCGUCAAGUUCUCAGCCAAGCUAAUGGGGCAGGCCAUGGCCAAGAGGGUCAAGGCGACCAUUCUCUACGCCACAGAGACAGGCAAAUCACAAGCCUAUGCCAAGACCCUGUGUGAGAUCUUCAAGCACGCCUUCGAUGCCAAGGCAAUGUCCAUGGAGGAGUAUGACAUCGUGCACCUGGAGCACGAAGCCCUGGUCUUGGUGGUCACCAGCACCUUUGGCAAUGGAGACCCCCCUGAGAACGGGGAGAAAUUCGGCUGUGCUUUAAUGGAGAUGAGGCACCCCAACUCUGUGCAGGAGGAGAGAAAGUACCCGGAACCCUUGCGUUUCUUUCCCCGUAAAGGGCCUUCCCUCUCCCAUGUUGACUCUGAAGCCCACAGUCUGGUUGCUGCCCGUGACAGCCAACACAGGAGCUACAAGGUCCGAUUCAACAGCGUCUCCUCCUAUUCUGACUCCCGAAAGUCAUCGGGCGACGGACCCGACCUCAGAGACAACUUUGAAAGUACUGGACCCCUGGCCAAUGUGAGGUUCUCAGUGUUCGGCCUCGGCUCUCGGGCGUACCCCCACUUCUGUGCCUUUGGGCAUGCGGUGGACACCCUCCUGGAGGAACUGGGAGGGGAGAGGAUUCUGAAGAUGAGGGAGGGGGAUGAGCUUUGCGGACAGGAAGAAGCUUUCAGGACCUGGGCCAAGAAAGUCUUCAAGGCAGCCUGUGAUGUGUUCUGCGUGGGGGAUGACGUCAACAUCGAGAAGGCGAACAACUCCCUCAUUAGCAAUGACCGAAGCUGGAAGAGGAACAAGUUCCGCCUCACGUAUGUGGCGGAAGCUCCAGAUCUGACCCAAGGUCUUUCCAAUGUUCACAAAAAACGAGUCUCGGCUGCUCGACUCCUCAGCCGCCAAAACCUGCAAAGCCCUAAGUCCAGCCGAUCGACCAUCUUCGUGCGUCUCCACACCAACGGGAAUCAGGAGCUGCAGUACCAGCCAGGGGACCACCUGGGUGUCUUCCCCGGCAACCACGAGGACCUCGUGAAUGCACUCAUUGAACGGCUGGAGGAUGCACCGCCUGCCAACCACGUGGUGAAGGUGGAGAUGCUGGAGGAGAGGAACACUGCUCUGGGUGUCAUCAGUAAUUGGAAGGAUGAAUCUCGCCUCCCACCCUGCACCAUCUUCCAGGCCUUCAAGUACUACCUGGACAUCACCACGCCGCCCACGCCCCUGCAGCUGCAGCAGUUCGCCUCUCUGGCCACUAAUGAGAAAGAGAAGCAGCGGUUGCUGGUCCUCAGCAAGGGGCUCCAGGAAUAUGAGGAGUGGAAGUGGGGCAAGAACCCCACAAUGGUGGAGGUGCUGGAGGAGUUCCCGUCCAUCCAGAUGCCGGCUACACUUCUCCUCACUCAGCUGUCGCUGCUGCAGCCUCGCUACUACUCCAUCAGCUCCUCUCCAGACAUGUACCCCGACGAGGUGCACCUCACCGUGGCCAUCGUCUCCUACCACACCCGAGACGGAGAAGGACCGGUCCACCACGGGGUGUGCUCCUCCUGGCUCAACAGAAUACAGGCUGACGAUGUAGUCCCCUGCUUCGUGAGAGGUGCCCCUAGCUUCCACCUGCCUCGAAACCCCCAGGUGCCUUGCAUCCUGGUUGGCCCAGGCACUGGCAUCGCACCCUUCCGAAGCUUCUGGCAACAGCGACAAUUUGACAUCCAACACAAAGGAAUGAAUCCGUGCCCCAUGGUUCUGGUCUUUGGGUGUCGACAAUCCAAGAUAGAUCAUAUCUACAGAGAGGAGACCCUGCAGGCCAAGAACAAGGGCGUCUUCAGAGAGCUGUACACUGCCUAUUCCCGGGAACCGGACAGGCCAAAGAAAUAUGUACAGGACGUGCUGCAGGAACAGCUGGCUGAGUCUGUGUACCGCGCCCUGAAGGAGCAAGGAGGCCACAUUUAUGUCUGUGGGGACGUUACCAUGGCCGCCGAUGUCCUCAAAGCCAUCCAGCGCAUAAUGACCCAGCAGGGGAAACUCUCAGAGGAGGACGCUGGUGUAUUCAUCAGCAGGCUGAGGGAUGACAACCGGUACCACGAGGACAUCUUUGGAGUCACCCUCAGAACGUAUGAAGUGACCAACCGCCUUAGAUCUGAGUCCAUCGCCUUCAUCGAAGAGAGCAAAAAAGACGCAGAUGAGGUUUUCAGCUCCUAACUGGAUCCUCCUGCCCCCGUGCGUGCGAUGUGGGGCGGCUGCCCCAAGUGCCCAAGUGAGGGCGGCCGCAGGUUGACUAAAUUCGGACACACACGGCUGAACCGAGUGGCCCUGCUCUGCCUCUUGUCCUGUUGCUGUGUCCUGGUCCUUCUUCCUGCUCUGGGCUCUCUCAACCCCACCCCUGGGUUUUCUCCUUGACUCUUGGGCUACGAUGCAUCACCCUUGUACCCUGCAGUGGCUCUCACAAAACCGCAUCCUCCCCACCCCCACCCGAUUGCUGCCAAGGGCAGGUUGCGGUGCAUGGCUGUUGCUCCUGUUGCUGGGGUCUGAAGGUGGCUGGCGCUGGGCCUCAGGUCACCCUGAACCAGUCCCUUGGCCACUUAAGCCCCCUUCCACCCUCUUUUUAUGAUGGUGUGUUUGUGUGUGUGUGUGUGUGUGUGUGUGAGAGAGAGAGAGAGAGAGAGAGAGAGAGGAGUGUCCUAGAUCAUUCUCUGUCCUUUUGCCUGCACAUGCGUGCUGACCUGACCUGUGGUUCCACUGCCUUCUCAGAGGAUGUUCAGUGCCACGAAACGUGUUCCUAGAUACUGUUAAUCCCUCCCACGUCCACCAUGACAGGCCUGUGUCAGCCUCCCGGAAGCACAUCAGGCCCCCUUACUAAGCACAGAAGAGACAGGCGCACGUGGAGAGGGAGGUGUCCCUAUGGAGGAGCCAACCACAGAAUCCAAGGUGUUCAGAGUCUGACCCUCUCGGCAGAGGUCUGUCUGGGAAAUCCACCAGACAGUGGAUUGGCCAAGCUCCUCUCCAUUCUCACCAACCCCAGCUGGGGCCAACAGGAUGUUGAGCUGUCUUUCCCAGGCAACCCUAGCUCUGGGCCCAGCAGCCAUACUGUACCAGGAAGCAUGCUGGGAGUAAGGUCUUUGCCACCAAGGGUACUUGGGUUACCCUUCCAAGUUCAUCUUCAUUAAUCGAGUGGAUAGGCCUUUCUCAGUGCUUUGGAGCCUUGACGGAUGUCAGGGAGGAAUAGGGUAUCUGCUUUUCAUGCCUCCUGCUAGACAGUGGUUCCCUUCCCCCAAAACAAGCAGCAUAGGCAACAGAAUUCUAGCCGUGGCCCGUUGGCUCUCGGAGGUAAGCAUCUUCUGAGGCUGUGCAGUGGUUCCUUAUUACUAUAAGUAAAAGUUACAUCAGAUGGUACUGACAGUCAAGAAACCCCCAGAGUCCCCAGGCUCAAGAGAUUAGCUCUGGGGUCCCAUGUUCUGUGUCCCCGUUUGGUUGUGUGAGGCAGAAAGAAAAAACCCAAACAAACCGUGCUGGGGCCUGCUUUCCUAAUGUUAAAAAUGAAGGCUGUCAAAUAGAAAAUUCUUUACAGUUGUGGGGCCCGAAACCCUAAGGGCUCCAACCCCACCCCCUUUUUUCUCUGUCUUCUUUCUUUUCCUUCCUUCCCUUUCCUUUCUUUUUCCCCCAGAGUCUCCUGUUUCUCAGGCUGACUUUGAACUCAUGACCUCUAAUUCCUAACCCUACCACAUCCAGUUUGUGAUCUUGCCAGAGGCUCAAAGCCGGAACCUCCUGCGUGCUAGGCCAGCACUCUACCAGCCAAGCUACAUCCCCAGCCUUCAGUCCCCACCCCCAAGAUCAGAGACAGGUCUCCCGUGGCACUGGACAACCCUGCCAGGUCCCAUCACUAGCAUGGGAACUUGGUCCUAGUUAAAAUCUCACACCUGCCCUACCUUAGUACCACUGUUUCCUACUUGGUCUUCCAUCUCUGUGGAGACUUAGCCCUCAGUACCCCCAGAGCCACCUUCUGUACCCCAAAGGUAAGGCAGUAACUUCCUACUGACCUCAAACACAGACCCCCAAACACAGUCCCAGGGACGUUCUCCUCAACCUUUCAAGCCUCUGGGGACGCUUAAAACGUAGUUUAUUCCCCUGAUCUGAACCGCUAGGCCCAACCUCCGUUGAAGAGCCCUCUCUCUCUGCAAGCCAAGAUGCAUGCACACACCUCUGAAUAAGGAACGCUACUCUGUGACAGGCUCCACCCCCACCCCCACCCCCACCCCCGGAUAUCCCCGUGCUGCCAGUAGCGAGUGGACAGAUGGAAGCCCCGUGUCAUUUGCCAGAGUCCAAAGACACCAGUUACAUAACCAGGUUCAAGAGGGACUUCUGUUCAUCAGUGCUAGGGAUGGGACCCAGGACCUCACACAUUCCUGGCUGAACUAUUCCCCCAACCCCACCCCCACCCGCAAAGAGAAUAUUUUUAAAAGACAUCUGAACUCUUGACACAGGCAGCUUCCUUGGCUCCUGGCUAGGAGGCUGGGGGUCAGUCGGGUACUUCGCUCCUUUUUCAAAAUGCCUUAAGCAGCUUAUCCAAAGGCUAAGCAAAGGUGGGCGUCUGGGGUGGGUCAAUACUGCCCUCUGCUGGUGGUUUUUAGUUCAAGCCCAGCAACAAGCCCAAAAGUACGGCUUAGACUAGGAGAACCGAGUGGGUAAACUUGUUUGUUUACAUUGUCGCAGUAGCUCCAACUGUUUCACAAGAGUAGGUUUGCCCAUUUACACUCUCUGCUGUUCCUGUGGCUGUGGUCCCCAAGGAGCUCAGCCCACGGGAGGUGGCAGGGCUUCCCUGCACGUCCUCGAAGAAAGCAGUGCCUUUCUUUGGGAGGCGGGGGGGGGGGGGGGGGGGGCUGGUAUUUAGGUCCCACUAUGAUGCAAGCAGACCUGACCCACAUUCUAUUGCUGCCCCGUUUAUGCAGAAGGUGAUUCCGGAUUGUACCUGAGCAAGAGAAUGUCCCGGGACAGUACCAACCCAAGCUCUGAUAAGCCUCCACCUUCCCUUUCCUUUACACCUGCCGCUUCCCAGCAGCAAGAUAACUAGCCUGAGGGAGGGGAGAGGCAGGCAGAGUCAUGGAUUCUUAGGCUAAAUCAGCAAGACCUGGUACCCGUCCGUGGUAGAGUGAAGACAGACAGAGUAGAGAGAUCCCGGCCUCUGGGUGAAGAAGGAAGUUGAAUCGGGCCUCAGUACAAAGGGAGAAAGCUAAGUUGGCCCAAAAAACACAGGACCAAGGGUGCCGGUUUCCCUGAUGAAGCCCCCUGCUUCAGGAUGCAAGGGUGAAGAUUUUGUUCUAGCCCUAGGCAAAAUGGAAAGUUUCUGACCCUGAUGUCUGAACACCCCCCAUCCCUGCAGGGUGUCUCUGUCUGUCUGUUUCUCUCUCUCUCUCUCUCUCUCUCUCUCUCUCUCUCUCUCUCUCUCUGUGGGUUUGUGUGUCUGUCUGUCUGUCUUCUCUUUCUCUCUCCCUCACCCCCCUCUGUCACCUGUCACUCUGUCUUCUCUCUCUCCUUCUCCCUCCUCUCUCUCUGUCUCUGUCUCUCUUUCCCCCCACCCCCCUCUCUCUCUCUCAUGCACACACCUACACAGCCACACAGAGCCUGUUCACUGGAAGCUGUGGGCUUCCAGGUUAAGUUCAGCCAAGGGACCCAAUGCAGACAGCCUUCAGGGACAGGGUCCAGCCUUGAGAGUUCCAGGAGGCCAGGCUAGCGCACUCACACGCUCGCUCUCUCUUGUGCUCUCUCUUGCGCUCUCUCUCUCUCUCUCUGUCUCUGUCUCUCUCUCUCCCUCUCUCUCUCUCUCUCUCUCUCUCUCUCUCUCUCUCUCUCUCUCUCUCGUCAGGCACCACCUAGAGGGAAAGGCACCCAAGAGGAGAAGUUGACCAUGCUAUGUCUCAAGCAUGGAGACCCAGGGACCCCAGAGAAUCUGUUUUCUAUUACAAGUCUGACAUCUUAAUCCCCAGUGCCAAAAUGCUCCAGAAUCUAAAGCGUUUUGAGUGCCAACAGGCUACCACAACUAAAAACUUCAGUUCCUCUACAAAAGUAUUUAAAAGAAUACGUAGACUGGACGUGAAGCUCAAGGAUAGAGCUCACCUAGCAUGCCAAGUCCUGGACCCCAUCCCAGCAUGGCAAACAAAUUGCCUCAGGCUGUCUGUGUGAAACAUGAAUGCAUCUCAUGUUUAGAGGCAGCUCCCACCUGCCAAACAUCUCGUCAAGAAUAUGCAAAUAUUACAAAAUCAAAAAUAAUUCCCAAAUCCGAAACACUUCUUGUCAAAUGAGCUUCAAAGUACAGUCAACCUAUCAGAGACAAGGGUGAUGCCGGGGGUGAGAGUGCCUCAGCCGUGUUUAUGAAUUUGUUUGGUUCAGACAUAUCUGCGUGGUUCUGGAUAACUGGGCAUCUCUGACCCAAGUCAGUCAGUCCUUUUCUAAUGAGGUGUCCCUGGAAGGUAGAAGUGGGGUUGACUUUAGGAACUGAUCACCUCUGUCUCCUAGACAAGUCAGAACGGGAACUGACCUCUAGGAGAUUGUAGUCAGGAGCCCGCUAACCUUGGCCGCCAUGUUGUUCAGAGCUGAAGAAGUCUUUGUAUUACAGGGUAUUGCAGGACGCUGAUUGAACAGUAUCUGUACCCUUCCCCUACUAGAUGUCACUAGCAACCUCCUGCCAUGUGUGACAGCCACAAUGGUCACCAGAAAGUAGUGUUCCCUGGGAAGGCAGGCGGGACCUUCAACCAUUGGACCAAGAAAUCCUUGCUUUUGGGUCUCAGGGGCUAUAGAACUGUCUGCCUGAUGCUGUGGGCCGUCCGCUUACAGAUCUGGAGGAGGUCAGCAGAACCUGCCUCGGUUCAAUGGUUGCUUACCUGCUCCCAACCGAGAUCCGAAAGCUUUGCGGAGGGUCCCAAUCCAGAGGGUGGGCUACGUGUUUUUAAGAUAGAUAUUCCAAGGCACCAUCUCUCGUGCUGGGUCUAAGGUUAUCCCCAUCCCCCGUCUGUGCCCUGAGCUCCGUCUCCCCACUUGUGUUGUCCUUGUGACUGUACGACCAACCGACCCACUUCAGACUCAGCAGUUGUCUGCUGAAGUCCCAAGACAUUAGGGUCAGGUUACACCCAGAGGUGUUCACUGUGGGGUUACAGGGAGGCUGGAGAGAAUGGGCAGAGCUUGGGUUCCAUCACAACACCUAUAAGCUGUCAGAAACCCGAUGCCCCACCCACCCACCUCCAGCAUCUCUAAGCUGCUAAUCUCUGCCACGUGUCCCGUGUGCUCCAGCACCGCCACCAACCGCCUGCCAUGCCCGCCUUCCGUGAGGUUGUCCAGGCUGUGUUCUCGCAUGCUUCUCUCUUCUAUAUAACCCUCUUCCUCUCAUUCUAUGGGAUCCAACACAAAGUCUACUCAUGCUUGUUUGCAUUAUGGUUAAACUAUUAAAAAGAAAAUGCAGACUGA